GAGGCGCUAUGAGGCUCUUCAGAGAGAGUAAACAAACCACAGAACGACCGAAAGCAGAGCUUGCAGUGUGAACCCUCGACCGAUGCUGAGCAUGAAAGCGCAGGUGGAUGUGGUCUGCUGUAAAUCAGUAGGAACUGAUCUGUCCAUGCUGGAUAUUGAGUAUUUCAUCACAGAAAUCUGUCAGCUGAAGAAAGAGGUGGCUUCACUGGAGGCAAAGCUGAGAGAAAGAGGAGAGGAUCCAGUCUGGAGUGUCCGAGAUCAGCCCACAGAGCAACUCUCUGAUCGUAGGUCCAGAAACACACAGGACUCAGAGCUCAGCCUUAGUUUGCUCUGUUAUACUGACGCUCAGGAGAGCGUGUGUGACAGUCGUGGAUCCGUUGACCACAACUCCACAGAGUCUCUGGCGUCUGACUGUAACGCUGGAGAACUGCAGACGCCGAUGAAGAUGUGCUCCGUCAAACUGGUGGACUGCAGGACUUCGAAGGAGACGAGAGAAGAAACCACUGCGGAGAAAGUACAAAGUGACGAUGAUGAUGACUUUAAUCCCUCGGGUGAAAACGCCAGUUCGUCUUUUGAUGUAGAAAUGGCCUCAACAUCCAAAGAGCAGCCGACGGCCAAGAGCUUCUCCUGCGUCACCUGUGGGAAAACAUUCCGCAAGCAGGGAAAUUUAGCGAGGCAUGAGAGAAAACACACAGAACCGAAAGACUACAUGUGUAAGAGAUGCAACAUCAGCUUUCCUACCUUAAAAGAAAGAAGACUUCAUUCAAAAGAGCACAGGGUGAAGAAGGAGUUUCGCUGUGAACAGUGCGGGAAGGUUGCCUUCUCUUCUGGUAAUUUGAAAAUUCACAUGAAGACGCACACUGGCGAAAAGCCUUUCCACUGCAGCGAGUGCGACAAGUACUUCAGCACCAAACAAUCUCUUCUUGUUCAUAAGCGAAUCCACACGGGGGAAAAGCCGUACAAGUGCCCUCACUGUGAGAAGAGAUUCAGAGAUGGGUCCCAUUUCAAGACACACAUGCGUUCGCACGCCAGCGAGAGGCCUUACCAGUGCAGCGAAUGUGGGAAAACCUUUAAGCAGCCCAUUUGUCUAAUAUCACACCAAAAAAUCCACUCUGAGAAACUACACCAGUGCACACACUGUGACAAACGCUUCCGUCAGAUCUCUCAGCUGAAACGCCACGAGAGAAUGCACUCUGGAGAGAGACCGUAUCUGUGCUCCCACUGCGGGAAGAGCUUUUCCGAUCCAGCUCAUUUCAGAGUCCAUCAGAGAAUUCACACGGGAGAAAAACCGUACCAAUGUAGUGUUUGCGGGAAGAGUUUCCGUCAACACACUAACCUACUGAAGCACCAGAGGAUUCAUAGCGGAGAACGACCGUUCAAGUGUUCUCACUGCGACAAGACGUUUGCUCGAUCAGACGUCCUGAAGAUCCAUGAGCGAGUUCAUACAGGAGAGAAACCUUACUCCUGCUCCAUCUGCGGCGAGAGAUUCGCUUAUUUAGGGGGUUUUCAGACCCACCAGAACAAACACGCUAAAGAACAAACUGCUCCAGAAUCAUCUGAGUGACUUUCAUCAGUCAGUCUCUGGAAACAGGACUCAUUUAGCUUAUCCUGAAACUGUAUAUUGAGUUUUUAAUGCCAGUAGGAGACAGUCACAUUGAGCUUUCAUGUGAAUUGGGAGUAGAGAUGGACUGAAUGUUGAAUGCUGUGAUUUUAGUCGUGUUUGGCAAAGCAGGACAAUGAUGCUGUAACUACACCAUUCUGCGGGCAAAAAGCACCUAUUCAAAUGUAGUUAUAUAUUUUCACUUUUUUUUUUUCUCUGAGCAACUUUUAAAUCUUUUAAAUAAUUUAAUGAUAUUAUAGCAGAUGUUUGCCGGGGGGGGACGUACAAUAGCCGAGCAGCUGCUAUUGAGAUAUAUGGGACUACUAAUGGAUAGCUUUCUGCAAGUGUAUUAGACCGCCUUGAUAUGCACUAAGAAAGAAAUUGUGAGAAACAAUGGAAAUCAUUGGUAAAUGUAAUAAAUUGCAUGUGAUAAUGUGUUAACUUGGACAUUCUGAACAUAUAUUGUUUUGGAAACGGCACACUCAAGCCCUGGAA